AUUUAGUCUAGUUGUAAUCCCCUUUGAAAAGAAAAACAUUUGAAAUUUAAAAAACAAAAUAAUAAUUAAAGUGUAAAAUCAUAAAAUGAGCAAGAAAGAAGGCAAAGAUAAGGCUGCUGGUGUAACAUAUUACACGUUAUUUGUCAAAUUCUCAAGAAGAGUUCCAAAUCCAUUAAAUAUUCAGGAUGAAGUCAGAGCACUCUAUUCGGAUGUCUUGAAUGUGAGAAAACCAAGACAGAAGAAUGCUCGAUGGAUCUUGAUAGAUUUCGAGACUACGGAACAUGCUGAAGCAUGUAAAAAGAUUUUGGAAGAAAAGAAGCAUAUCGCUACGUUACCUGUAAAAGUGAAGAAAUUAAACAUUAAGCAACAUGAUCCAGCAGAUGAAAAAGGAGACAAUGAGAGACAGGAUAAAUUAAAUAAUCUAGCCAGAACAACGUUCCAGUCAUCAAAGCUUGAAAAGUAUUCAAAUAAGCUGUUAGUAACAAACAUACCGAAAACAAUCACAAUGGAGGAACUGAGAGAACUAUUUCCUGGACAUGAAAAGAUUGAUUUGAAACAAAAACCGACAACUCGAGCCUACAUUACAUACUCAUCAGCCAAAGAAGCCAUGAAUAUGAGGAUGACAUUAAAGCCUGUAAUUGCUCGAGAGAAAUUCAGAGUUAUUGUGCUUUUAUUAAAUAGUGAUAAGGUUAAAAAGCCACAAAUUAAGGUUGCUGGAACUGGGAGAUAUUUUGAGAGUUCUAUUGAAUAAACGAUUAUUCAGAAGCCGUAUACUUUU